UGCCAAUUUGUUACCCCGGUGCAGCUACUCCCCGCAGUUGCGGGGGCAGCUUUCAACCUACCGAGCACACUCCCAGCCUGCCCCCAUUUCUUUGACUCAGCCCGUAGUUCUCGGGUUGCCAUCUCGAUAUCAGAGCAUAUCUUUAUUGGAAUGGUAACAUGCAGUCUCCAAUAGAUCCUACCGAGCAUAACGAGGCUGCACAUCCUGCGAACCCGCGGAACAAACGGGCCAAAUACACCGCGAAAGCCUGCGAAUAUUGCCAUCGUCGAAAAAUCAAAUGCAACGGGGAGUUUCCCUGCCAGGCGUGUCAGAGAACAGAGCGCGAGUGCGUCAAGGACUACACGCCGACCUACCGCGUCCUGCCUGGGAGGAAGCGAAAACGCGGUCAGCAGGCGGAGCUUUCAAAUACGGAAGAAGAUGAUGAACCCCCAAGCUCGACUACUUCUCUGAUUCUCGAACGACUCUCCGAAAUUGAGCGGCGGUUACAUCAAAUCGCCCCCAAGCCAAACAUCCUAGACCACGGGCCGGGGUUGGAGCAAACAGAAACAUUUACUGAUCCGGAGCAGACAGCCGACAGUGCGGCUUGUUGCGAGGCUCAUAAUGAUAUACAGGAAGACCAUGGCAACUCUGACACAGAGCCUGAAGGCGGGGACGAGACUAGCUACGUUGGCGAGACGUCAAUCGACCGCACCCUUCGGCAUGUGGAAGAAAGCCUCUACGAGCUAGAAGUUCCAGCACAAGAGGCCGAAUCUUCUGCAAUUGUCAGUCCAGGGUCCGCUCUCCUUGGUGAAGGCAAUACCGCUGGCUCGAGCUGGCAGCGUAUGCGGGUGCUGGAAGUUCUCACGGCGCACAAGCUGUCACCACAAAAGGCUGACUGGGAUGUCUUGCUGGACUUAUUCUGCGAAGAUGUCCAUCCACUGUACCCUUUUCUCCAUUUGCCAUCCUUACGCAGGUCGUACGCUUAUCUUAGUGAUCACGGUGCAGAUUCCACAGAGCCCGAUAUCGCGGGCAUGGAUUCCUUUGUGCAGGUUCUCAUCUGCCUCGCUUUGGGACGCUGCACGACCUCGGUGCGUGCUGAGACAGGCGAAGGCACCCAAUCGUCUGGGUGGACGUUCUACUGCGCGGCAUUGGACUGCCUGGGAGAUAUAUAUAAACCAUCUGGGGAGAACGGCUCCGGCCUGCCCCGACUGCAAGUCCUAACGCUCAUGGUUGUAUAUCUCAUCCGCAUUCACGCCAACGAACGAGCUCAGAAGGUGUUGUCCCUGGCAAUUGUUGAAGCAUGCCACCUGGGUUUGCACCGAGAGAUCGUACUCAACACCGUCCCCGUCUUUUGUGCGGAAUAUGCCCGACGGCUCUGGUGGUGUUUAUAUAUUCUUGACCGGCGAUUAGCAUUAGAUGUUGGCCAGCCAUUUCUGAUUCAGGACACAAACACCGACACUGACCUGCCACUCCUACUAUCUGAAACAACGCUGGAUCAGCUCCGUCAUAACACCGCCACCACGCCUGUUCCCGCUGAUGAGCCCGUACAGGGCGGGAAUACCCCGAUACCCUACCUGAUCUCGAUGACGGGCUACUCAAAGAUCGUAGGCAAAGUUUGGAACGCUUUGUACCAGGCGCAUUCGAUGGAUCGGGCGUCUGACCCUGCCCUUACCGACUCGUUCGAAGAACUUUUAGCCAUGUGGGAGCGGACCCUACCUGCUGACCUGGCUUGUGAUGAGCUUAACCCUCAUAGCGACUCAUACUCCAAUGCUGCCCGGCGUCCAUGGCAGCUAAAGAACAAGUUUUUGAUUCGUAUUCGCUCCCUCUGGCUACGCAUCAUAAUACGUAAACCCAUGCGAAGCCGCAGCUCCUCGAUCGUCUGGAUCGAAAAUUUUGACAACGAGUCCACCUGCAUUGCCCUUGCAGAUCGGAUUGUCGUCUUUUUUUCACGCAUAUUCGAGCCUCACCGCAUCUAUACUUUUCCUUUCCUCCAAUAUCUGCUCGGGGCGGCAUCUACGAUUCUAGGGCUGGUUAUCAGGACCCCCGCCUUUCGACAGAGGCACACCAGCUCAGUAGUGCAAGCAGCUCAGAUGAUGAACACAUUUUGCGCUAAUUGGGUGUCGGGAAAGACACUCCGAUCUGUGAGGCGAUAUACAGACAUGGUUGCCAAGGUCGUGGGCGGAGGCGACGCCAGGAUCCCCGGCAACAUUGCAAUUAAUACUCCUGAAUCCGUUCCCACUAGGCUUCUAUCAGAUACAGAUAGACAGAGACGAGGCCAAAGUCACACCCGCCGGCAGUCUUCCGCGGAUUUCGCUGGCAAAAAGAGCGAUGCAGAGGUGCGGAAUGGGGAAACAAGCACUCGUAGUUACCCAACCCUACAGUUACCAUCCGUGACACCAGCCUUCGAAUUUCUGGACGCCCAGGACCCCAGCGCUGCGCCUGAUCUGCUUCACAACUUUGCCCCGGAUCUGGCGAAUCUCGUGCUGGCUGAUUAUCCGUUCGAGAUGUCUGUUUCGGAUCGUAAUUUGCUGCAUGCAUCCACCAGUUGUAUGACCGACAGUUAUUCUGCCGCAUUGUUCGACUUGAAUACCUUGAAUCAAGUGUGAUAAGUCUUAUUCAAUUGUCUUGCAUGACUGGCUCGUACGCAGCGUGGCCAACUGUACAAUCGUUUAGCUCGGAACUAUUUAUACUACCCCAAUUAAU